GAUGUAACCAGACCUCCCCGUCUUUUUCCAGUCGAUCAUAAAGUGUAAAGUAUGGCUAUAAUUCUUAACCUCCCAGCAAGACGAGACACUCGGCCAUGGCUAUCGAUAAUACAUCGUGUUGGGGAUUGACGUUGGACACUCGGAGAGACGCCUGUCUCGUCUGCCGAUACGGUUGGCCAACAUAUCAACACCAGUGCCGAGCCACUAUUGUCGAUACCCCUCACGGAGCUCAUGGAGCACAUGGAGCUCAGCAAGUGCCGCCAACCGGCCGUUGCCGGCCGUUUAUUUAUUAAUAUCCUGGCAUCCUUUUAGUUUUCUUGCAUCCCCUGACUACCGAGCCUUGAUAUUCUACUAGUUUAUAUUGAAUAUUCGCAAGUGUCAUUCUCCUUUCUUAUUGAUCAACGAUGUCUAAAAACACGGAGCAGAUAAAAGUGAUUGUCAUCGGGGCAGGCCUGGGCGGUUGCGCCACCGCCCUAGCACUCAAGCACCACGGACAUGAGGUGGUCGUCUUCGAGCGGCUGAAGCAGUUCAAGCGCCUCGGCGACUCUCUCGGCUUCGGCGAGAACGCGCUGAAGCUGCUCGACCGCUGGGGCGGCAAGGAGCUAUACCACCAGCUGACCAGCAUCGGCAACCAGGCCGAGGACAUGCAGAUCCGGCGCUGGCACGACGGCAAGAUCCUCGCGCAGCAGCCGCUGAUGGACAUGGCCGGCUACAUCGGCCACCGGGGCGACUACCACGAGGCGCUGCUGCAGGCCGUGCGCGACGCGGGCAUCGAGAUCCGCACGGGCUGCGAGGUCGUCGCCUUCGACGAGGACGCGCCCAGCGUCACGCUGGCCGACGGCGGCGUCGAGACCGCCGACCUCAUCGUCGGCGCCGACGGCAUCAAGUCGCGCGCCAGGGAGCUGGUCCUCGGCUUCACCGACGCGCCCAAGAGCUCCGGGUACUCGUGCUGGCGCGCGUAUUUCCCGGGGGAGCACCUGAGGGAGGACCCGCGGUGCCGCGACUUUGUGGACCACGACUGCGUCAACAUCUGGAUCGGCGACGACACGCACCUGGUCCAGAACACCCUCCGCGGGGGGAAGGAGUUCAACUGGAUCAUCACGCGGAAGCUCUCGGACGAGAAGGACCUGGAGAUCAAGGAGUCGUGGUUCCAGGACGGGGACAUGGACGAGGUGCGGGAGCACAUCCGGACCUUGGACCCGCGGAUAGCAGCUGCCCUCGAGAACACCGAGGCAUGCCUCGACUGGAAGAUCUGCUACCGAGACCCCAUCCCGUCGUGGGUCUCCAAGAGCCACAAGGUGGCCCUGGUGGGAGACAGCUGCCAUCCCCAUCUCCCGACUAGCGCGCAGGGGGCCAGCCAGGCAACGGAGAGCGGUGCCGUCUUGGCCGUGUGUCUGAAGCUGGCGGGCAAGGGGAACGUGCCGCUUGCCACCCGAACGUACGAGAAGCUCAGGUUUGCUCGGACGAGACUCAGCCAAGGAAAUGGAGAGGAUCUCCGUGAUCGGUGGCACAACGCUCUCAAGAACCUCGACCAGGGGGGCGAGAUAGACCCGGAAUCAGUGAAGAUGAGGAACAGAUGGCUCUACGCCUAUGACGCCGAGGCAGACGCCAACCUCCGCUGGGCCGAGGUGUCAAAGCAAGUGGCGGAAGAGCUGAGGACCGGGAAGAUCACACCACUCUGUUAGACGGUAAUAGUUUAGAAGGCUGGCAUUUUGUAGGUGAAGAAUAGAGUUGAAGGCUACUCAUGCUUGCGAGCAGCGGAACCGGCGAGCUCAUCGCGCGCCGCAACCCAUCAAGCGAAAUAAAAUAAAACUCAAUAUGCCGUUUCCGUUUGCACCUGGAGAGCCGGCGAGGUCAGCAAUGGGAGGGGGGGGGGUUUGUCAGAGCUGACGGGAUCUGAAGAUGCCGAGGAUAGCAACUGCUUUCAGAUGACCGAUCCGAAUUGUAAUCAAGCCAAUAACAGUACGACCAUGGUCGGGGUCGGGGUUGGGGUCGUGAUCGGGGUUUCAGGGAAUCCAAGUACCAUUUGAGGCGAAAUGGCAUUGCUAACAGACAGCCCUUUGAAGACUAGCCCACCCACCGAAUCCCAUGUUGGUACCAUCAGGGGUAAAGAGGCUGCUAGUAGCUCAUCAUGGUGUAG